GCAUAUAAAGUUAAGUGCAAAGGCUAAUAGCACCUUGGCUGUACUCCUGCCUGGUGUUUAACCCCGAUCAAUUAGUGCUCACCUUGCAAAAUAAAGUUAUUUAAAGGGGGGAUUCAGAGUGCACCAACCCUCAGUGCUACUGAACACGGCGAAAGACUAAAGGUACCCAUCAGCCAAUACACUCUGCCAUGAACUCCACCGACUUUCCCAAUGUCAAUGUUAGUAGUAACUCCACCAUGGUUUUGUUUCCUCCACUUGUGGACAAAAUUGUUAAUGGCAUCACCCUCCUCAUCUUGUUCAUUACUAUGGUGUCACUGGGGUGCACCAUGGAGAUCUCCAAGAUCAAAGUUCAUAUUGUCAGGCCAAAGGGAGUGGCCAUUGCUGUUCUGGCUCAGUAUGGAGUUAUGCCACUUACUGCAUUUUUUUUGGCAAAGCUCUUUCAGCUUAAAGACAUUGAAUCUGUGGCAGUGCUGAUAUGUGGGUGCUGCCCUGGGGGCAACUUGUCAAAUAUCUUCUCUCUGGCCCUCAAAGGAGACAUGAACCUCAGCAUUGUCAUGACCACCUGCUCCACCGUGCUGGCUUUAGGAAUGAUGCCGCUCCUUCUCUAUCUGUACUGCAAAGCUCUCAUUCCUAACGCAGAGAGUGUCAUUCCCUACACAGGCAUCAUCGUCGCUCUCCUCAUGACGAUAGUCCCAUGUGCAAUUGGGAUCUUCAUCAAUGCCAAGGUUCCACGCUACUCCAAGAUCAUUACAAAGAUUGGAGUGAUCCUGAUGUUGAUAGCCACAGUUGUCAUUGGUGUCAUUGCUGGAAUGAAUAUUGGUGCAGAAGUCUGGACAUUGCUUUCUCCUCGACUGAUCGGUACCUCUGCCUUCAUGCCACUCAUUGGAUACUUCCUGGGCUACUUCCUGUCAGGCCUGCUCUGCUUGAAUGACCAGUGCAAGAGGACAGUUUCCAUGGAGACCGGCUGUCAAAACACCCAGCUGUGCACGGCAAUCCUCAAGGUGGCCUUCCCGCCAGAGCUGAUUGGCAGUUUGUUUCUCUUUCCGCUCAUCUACAUCCUGUUCCAGGCAGUGGAAGCUCUGAUAUUUAUUGUGGUGUUCCGAUGUUAUGAAAAGAUCAAGUCAAAAAUGAAUAAUCCAAAAACCAAUGCGGACAACAAGCUGAAGGAAGUCAAUCUGGUGCAACAUUUAAUAGAGAAAUAAAGCCAGAAAAAGAAUAGAAGGUGCUGGAGACAGAUUGGUUUGUAACUAUCAUCAGUUCCUGCUUCAUAUCCUUUAAAAACUGGUAUUCAAGGCAAACUGUAUGCCACCUAGCAACUCUGCAUCCAAACAGGUACAUUACUGGUGCACCGGAUGAGGCCUGGGCCUCACUCAUCUCUAAGAGUUGACUCUACAGUACACAAGGGUUAACUGUUCAGCUACUUGGAGUACUGUCUCAAUGUCAACACCCCAUCCAAAGCUCAAGUAGAGGAGAAGUAAUGUCCUUUCAAUGCCAGUGGAAAACAAUACACAAAAAGUUCCAAUUGAACAUUGUGAUCUUAAACCCUUCCUCCAAAUUAGAAUGCAUUGUGUGGCCAUGCCUUGAUUUAAAGGCAGAAAAGCAGCCAAAAUCUUGCUCUUCUGCAAGUUCCAUAAAAUUUGUCAUCUGAAUCAAGAUGCCCUGCUGCCUCACCCUCCAUGAAAGAAGCCUUUACCACUUUCUUGCAGAACACGGAGAGAAGAAUCGAAACAGUGCAAGAAUAUACUGACCUGUACUACAUUGGAUAGCACUUUAACGAAGUGAGCACCUGAAGAAAAUAUACUUGGCUUAUUAAUAAUGUACAAUUAUAAUAAAUUGGCUUUAACUGGUCUGCCCCAAAAGCUAAGAUCUCAUUUCUAAGUAUGGCAGGCAUCAUGUUGACCAUCAGAUAAAGUACACCCAGACCAGGCUUUAAGCCAGCACUUCAUAAUGUGUUUAGAAGCGGUAGAGAGGCGCUACGCUCAUAGGCCACCAAGAGUCAGCCAGACUGUAAAGUUUUCACAAAAGUUCAGUGCUGAAAAUUUGGGGAAUAAGGACAUCUGUUUAGUCUGGUACAUUGUUAUGGUCGCGUUCACAAGUGUUUUUAUUUUUCACAAAAUCAAGCUUUUGGCAUUGCAGGUUAUUUCAAAUUUGACACUGUUGAAUACUUACUUGGAAUUUCUACAGUCAGGUGGCAUGAACCUUUUAAGUAAUUAAAAAUAACAAAUGCAACUCUGAAGCUCAUGGAACGUACGGUGCUCUUCAAAAUUCCUACUAUUAUUCUGAGAACAUGCAAAAAUAACUUCCCUUUUUUUGUAAAAAUGGCCAUGCCAUCUUCUUGUAUAGAGCAGUGUGCAAGCGUAACUAAUGGCAGAAGCCAAGUAUGGAUCGGGUGCCAGGUUUGUCUUCACAAAGGAAAGGAAAAAUGAUACAAAAAAGAGAUUAUGAUAGUCAGAUUAGCAAUAUACAGUACAGUCUGGAAUUUGAAGAAAUUUGUAAGACCACAUUUUUUUGUAUCUAACUGUUUGCGCCAUUAUAUUUACUGUAUUUAAAGAAAUGACUAUUGUUAUAUACAGGAAAUACAUGUUUGAUGUAUGUCUAACAUAUGUACAAGAGUAAAGUUGCUUUUUAUGCAGCAAAGUGAAAUUAAAAUGUUAUUGUUUGUAUGCAGCAAGCAGAUCUAGUAAUAACAGUAAAAGGUGACAAGAAACCGGCAGUCUGAGCAGAAACAAGCUACCUAAAAAUCCUUGUAGGAUGCUGGCUAGUAAAGCAUGUUGUAUGGCAUACAAGGUCUUCUUUCUGUGUUACAAAGGGGGGCAAAGCUUGUAGGGAAUUACCCAAGAAGGCUUUAAGCUGCCAAAGGAUCUUCUACAAAGUUCUAAAUUUAGGAGUCUGAAUAUGUCCAUGAAUGAGUCAUUUCAGUUUCUCAUUUGUAAUGAUUUUGCAAACCUUUCUGAAAACAUGUUUUCACUUUGUCAUUAUGGAUUAUUGAGUGUAGACUGAAUGGCAAUAACAAUAACGUGUGCAGAAAGUGCAUGGCUCUGAAUAAUUUCUGAAUCCUCUGUACUUUUCAGCCCUCCUUGUGUCUCCUUCAGCACUGUGUGUUUUUGUUUUUUAUUCUUCUUGUUUCAGUCAUUUUUUUUUACUUCAUGCUAUAAUUUAGCCUCUCUUGUUAAUAAAAAGCCAAGUGAUGUUGUGCGCUGUUAAUGA